UCUUGCUGACUGAGCGGAGGGGAAGGUGGCUCUAUGGUCCUCGCUAUCCUCCCUCUCCGUGGCGACGGUAGCCUGAGCCACCCCCCUAAGGAGAAAGAAGGGUCGCCCAGGAAGGCUGGCGCUGUGCCCCAGCCUGAGAGAAAACCCCUCCCUUUCCCCCACCAUGCCCGCUGCGGCGCCGAUCAUCAGCUCUGUGCAGAAGCUGGUGCUGUACGAGACCAGAGCUCGGUAUUUUCUUGUUGGGAGCAAUCAUGCAGAAACCAAAUACCGUGUUUUGAAAAUUGAUCGCACAGAACCAAAGGAUUUAGUUGUUAUUGAUGAUAGGCAUGUAUAUACCCAGCAAGAGGUGAGAGAACUGCUUGGCCGUUUGGAUUUGGGAAACAGGACAAAAAUUGGACAGAAGGGCACCUCAGGAUUAUCGCGAGCAGUCUCUGCUUUUGGUAUAGUAGGCUUUGUCAGAUUUUUAGAAGGUUACUACGUUGUGCUAAUUACAAAGAGGAGAAAGAUGGCUGAUAUUGGAGGACAUGCAAUAUAUAAAGUAGAAGAUACAAAUAUGAUCUAUAUUCCAAAUGACUCUGUACGAGUGACUCAUCCUGAUGAAGCAAGAUAUCUCCGAAUCUUUCAGAAUGUGGAUCUGUCCAGUAAUUUUUAUUUCAGCUAUAGCUAUGAUCUGUCCCAUUCUCUUCAAUAUAAUCUUACUGUUCUGAGAAUGCCUCUUGAGAUACUUGGGACAGAAACAGCUCGAACUCGGCAGGAGAGUUUUGAUAUUUUUGAAGAUGAGGGACUUGCUGCUCAGGGUGGAAAUGGUGUAUUUGGCAUUUGCAGUGAACCUUAUAGAAAAUAUGUGUGGAAUGGCAAACUGCUGGAUGUAGUCAAAAACGCUGUUCAUCGUGACUGGCUGUUGUAUAUUAUUCAUGGAUUUUGUGGGCAGUCAAAACUACUCAUUUAUGGUCGUCCAGUGUAUGUCACCCUGAUAGCUAGAAGAUCAAGUAAAUUUGCUGGAACACGGUUUUUAAAGAGAGGAGCAAAUUGUGAGGGAGAUGUGGCUAAUGAAGUAGAAACUGAACAAAUACUAUGUGAUGCUUCGGUGAUGUCAUUUUCAGCUGGGAGCUAUUCAUCCUAUGUCCAAGUGAGAGGUUCUGUGCCUCUCUAUUGGUCUCAGGAUAUUUCAACUAUGAUGCCUAAACCACCAAUUACAUUGGACCAGGCAGAUCCGUUUGCACGAGUUGCAGCACUACAUUUUGAUCAGAUGCUUCAGAGGUUUGGCUCCCCCAUCAUAAUCUUGAAUCUCGUAAAGGAACGUGAAAAAAGAAAGCAUGAAAGGAUAUUGAGUGAAGAACUUGUUACUGCUGUGAUCUACCUCAAUCAGUUUUUACCUCCGGAACAUGCUAUUGUUUAUAUUCCUUGGGACAUGGCUAAAUACACAAAGAGCAAACUAUGCAAUGUCCUUGAUAGGCUGAACGUGAUAGCAGAGAAUGUGGUGAAGAAAACUGGAUUCUUUGUAAAUCGUCCUGAUUCCUAUAGUAGUGUCUUACGCCCAGAUGAAAAGUGGAAUGAGUUGGGAGGAUGUGUGGUCCCCACUGGCCGCUUGCAGACUGGAGUUCUUCGAACCAAUUGUGUAGAUUGCUUGGAUCGCACAAAUACAGCCCAGUUUAUGGUUGGGAAAUGUGCUUUGGCCUAUCAGCUUUAUUCCUUAGGGUUGAUUGACAAACCCAAUCUGCAGUUUGACACAGAUGCUGUUAGAUUAUUUGAAGAACUUUAUGAGGAUCAUGGCGAUACGCUUUCUCUCCAGUAUGGUGGUUCUCAACUUGUUCAUCGAGUAAAAACCUACAGAAAGAUAGCACCUUGGACCCAGCAUUCUAAAGAUAUUAUGCAAACUCUUUCAAGAUAUUACAGCAAUGCUUUUUCAGAUGCUGACAGGCAAGAUUCAAUUAAUCUGUUUCUGGGAGUGUUUCAGCCUGAAGAAGGGAAACCUCAUCUCUGGGAACUACCUACUGAUUUUUACUUGCAUCAAAAGGACACAAUUAAUCUUGUCCAGGCAAGGCGAAGCUACACUUACUGGUGGACUCCAGGUGUAUUAAAACACUUGCCAAUGCCUUAUGAUGAAGUAACGUGUGCUGAAAACAGAAGGAAGCUAAUAGUGAAGAAAUUUCAUAAAUUUGAUGAAGAAAUUGAUAUUCAUAAUGAAUUUUUUCGCCCUUAUGAACUCAGCAGUUUUGAUGACAUCUUUUGCUUGGCAAUGACAAAUUCGAUUAGAGAUUUUAUGCCCAAGAAUGUUGGCAUUGAUCCAAGCCCAUUUACUGUACGUAAACCUGAUGAAACGGGAAAAUCUGUGUUGGGGAAUAAAAGCAGCAGGGAAGAAACUGUGUUGCAGCGUAAAACAGCUGCUAGUGCUCCUCCACCUCCUAGCGAGGAAGCUGUGUCGAGCAGCUCUGAGGAUGAUUCUGGGACUGAUAAAGAAGAUGAAGGUGCUGUGUCACAGCGAUCAACGCCAGUGAAAAUGACAGAUGCUGGAGACAAUGCCAAAAUAACAGAGAAUGUAGUGCAAUCCAUAAAAGAUGUAUAUGGGAUCAAUCUCUCAGAGUCUCUUUUAGAAGAUGAUCUUAGCAUAUACACAAGGUUUGUUCAAUUGGGGCACAGUCAAUACAAGCAAGACAAGGCUCAUCAACUGCUUCAUUCUAAACACUUAGAUGGAGUUAUAAAUGUAACACACAUCUCAGCCUUCUCCCAAGACAACAUUUAUGAAGUCCAGCCUCCUAAAGUUGACAGAAAAUCUGUUGAAAUCUUUCAUGCCCACAUCCAGGCGGGCAAGGGCAUCAUGCAGCCCCUGGGAAAAGAAGACAUCCUCAUGUACCGAGAAUACAUUAGAAACAGAUAUAUGUAAAAACCGUCUAUGUUCAACUUUGUUCCAGAAGUGUCCUGAAAGAGGUCACCAUGUGUGUCUCUUAGGCAUAGUUUUUUGGUCAUGUUUGAUGGCAUUAUCUAAAUAGCUGCAAUACUCAAAAGGAAUUUUCGUUUGUUAAGAUUUGUGGAAGCUAAACAAAAAAACCUACCUUUGGAAUUUAAAAAGUAGACAUUGACAGGGUUUGUAAAUUGUUCCUAUAAAUUGUGCUGUUUAAUUAUGUGUAUUGCUUUUCUCAGCAUAUUGAGAUAAGAAGAAAUGUUCCCAGUGCAAUAGAGCCAAUGGAAACUUUUGGGAAUGCUUUUUGCCUCCUUGAGCUUGUCAAAAUAUUUAUUGUGUGCCCCACAAAUCAUGUAUAGUUCAGUUAAUGUGUUUUGAAAGAAAAUGUCAAAUAUUAGAUGCAUCUGUUGAAAAUGGUUGUUGAGCAAGAUCUGAAGUUAAUUUUUUAUAUUGUGAUUUAAAAAAAAAUAGCCGAAAAUGAAGAAAUGCCAACAAAUUUUCUGAGAAUUCGAUACUGUAGUUGGGUUUUGUUGCCUGUUGCUCUUCUGUGGGCAGAAUCCCAAUAGCAUCUACAGAAACAUUAUGGUGUGUUCUAAAGUCAUUUCUAGAAUGUCCCUAUAAGAAUUGAAUAUCAUUAAAUUUUUAUUUGAUAAAAUAGAGAUGUAGUUUGCUGUUAGUUAAUAAAGAGAACAUACCAUAAAUGUGGAAUGCUGCAUUUAUAUACUUAGGGCUGUAAUUCUGGGAUGGUAAUACUUUAUUACCAAGAAUUGUAAGUUACACAUAAAGAGUGCAGUUAUGGGAUCAGUAAUAGUGGGAUUCAGCAAUAUAUACUGCCUGGUUGGAGAAGAAAUCAGUUUUAUUCUGUAGCUACCCUAUUCAUUGGUACACAAUGGAUGUGUUGCCUCUGACAAACAUGCCUUGUUUUGACAUUCAGGUGUCAUCUCAAUUGGUCAAAUUGGUCUAAUUUCAAUCUGUGAAAGCUCAGCCUUUUUGAGGAAAUUCUCUUUUACUAAAUAUAGACUUUUAUUGCUGUGAGAAUCCUCUUGUCCUUACAAGAUAAUCACAUAAGUCAUCUUGGCACAUAGGACAGCCAGGGCAAAAAAAAGAAGUUGGGAGAGCUGGAGUGCCAAUCCCACUUCUGCUAUCUGCACUGUAGUAAGUAGCUUCCUGUCCAGUGUCAAGUGAAUUCCAAGACAGUAGUCAUGUGCACACUGAUCAGUCAGUCAGGUCUGGAGCCUUGUGCUCAGGGCCAGCAGCUUCUAAUCUAGGCAAACAGAAGCUGCCCAGCAGCAAACAUCUGGCACUGCAAGAUCUGGCCAUGUGCAGUACUUGCUUUACACACAUUCCACAUUCCAGAUAGGAUAGCAUUUAUGAUUCUUCAAACCUCCAUAAAAUCUACUUAGUUUAUUCUAAAGACUGCAAAUCUUACUCCCAUUCCAUUUUAAAUAAACAGUUCAUUUUUUUAAAGCAUGUAACAUUAUUUUGGGUGUAAAAAGCUCUUGUUGCUCAGCAAACAUUUGCUCUUUGUAGAGUGCAAGAAAGAACAGAGUACUUUUAAGAAACACACAUGUUCCAAUUCAUUCCUAUCUAAGGUCACAAUUUCUUUGUACAGCCACAUCUAGUUUCAGUAGACUUAAGACUCAAAUUCCAUUUGUAUGGGAGUGAUUAUCUAUUAAUGGAUGGAAAAAGAAACACUUACUGUACUGUAAUACUCUAAUUGCCCUGUAUUUGUUGUAAAUGCUAUCUGAAACUUUAAAAUGUGAAUUGUCAUAUGUAGUUUGAUUCUAGCAGCUGACCUUACUGCCUUUUUUUUACAUUAAAUGCAUAAAUGUAGAUAAUUUAAUAGAUUUGCCAGUCCAAGAAAAAAUAAUAAAUUGAUAGAAAAUGCUUGUAAAAAGGAAACUGAUGUUGUUUUUAAAUAAAUAUAU